AUCCCUGUCUUUUUCUUCGAUCUUUCUUCGAGCAAUCGUGCCUCGUCGCCGCUCGCGUCGUCUCACGCGUACGCGUACGCGUGCGCGCGGCCGCGCGCGUAACUUUCGCAUCGACAGAACGAAAGAUACAAACGACGAGAGGAUGGCCGCGAAAACUAGUAACGAUCUCGUUGACUAUCUCGGAGAAUAUAGACGAUACUUCGAGGAGUUCGUUAAAAAAAUUAAUCCGGAGGAUCAAUUGCCUAUGAAGGUUAAUGCUUACAGUAUCACCGAAACGGAACUCAUUGGUGAGAUCAUCUACUUGACGCUGCAAUACAUCAAACAACCACGUUGUCCACGUAAUUUACAAGGAUAUCUCGUUCGUCUUGUAUUGCAAGAAAUAAAAGAAUUAUGCGAGAAACAACCGGAAGAAUGUGGGUUCAAAUUAGAAACAAAAUCAUACGCUCCGCUCAAACUUAUGCAAGCAGUUACGAGCAAAGUAAAUGAAAUAUUUACUCGCUAUUUAGACAAUAGUAGAUUAGCAAUGUUACCCCCACCUUCUUCGAAAUUGCCACCUUUGGCAAGAAGUGCCGCACUGAAGAAUGGCAAAAGAAAAAUGGAGGAUAGACACGUAGAGAUUUACGACCUACAUACCAUUUGUAAUGUACAGAAUGACUCCUUAGCAAGUUACUUCGCAGUAUUUGAUGGACAUGGAGGAGAAGAUGCAGCGGUCUAUUGUGCUACACACCUACAUCAGUAUUUAGCAGAGAGUAUAUAUUAUCCUACAGAUCCAGAGCGUGCCUUAUGUGACGCUUUUCACACUACUGAUACAAGAUUUAUUGAAAAAGAGAGAACGCAAAAAGUAAUUGGAGGUACGACUGCAGUCUGUGUAUUAUUAUUGGAUAAAAAAUUAUAUAUUGCUUGGGUAGGAGAUUCUUUGGCUAUGCUAGUGAAACGUGGCAAAGUGGAAGAACUAGUAUACCCUCAUAGACUAUCUCGAUACGAUGAAUCCGAGAGGAUACAACAAAUGGGUGGGAUGCUGGCGUUUAAUCAAGGCACAGUACGAGUUAACGGAGUUCUGGCUGUAUCUCGUGCUAUUGGAGAUGUACAGUACAAACCCUAUGUAACUAGUACUCCGGAUACACGUUGCAUUUCUUUAGACGGUACCGAGGAUUUUCUUAUAAUUGCUACCGAUGGAGUCUGGGACUUUGUCAACACGUACGAUGCUGCUAUGAUCGUUUACGUCGCGAUACGAGAAUAUCCUGACGAUCCAAAUUACGCCGUAACGAGCUUGAUAAAAGCAGCCAAACACGCUGGCUCUUUGGACAACAUUACAGCGAUCGUGGUCUUCUUAACGGCACCAAGUGAUAUAGUAGCGAGGUCGAGCGACGCCAAUUCUGUUCUCGUCGUGAAAUCGAUGAAAAACAUGGCCGUGAACAAUCCAUACGUACAGAAGGAUCUCAGCGAUGGCAUGUUCUUCAAGCAGAUGAAGCAAUACCAACAGCAACAUCAGCAACCUUAUGACAACGAUCAAGAAGAGAGGCACGCUAAUGGAUCGGAAGAAACGGCAAUGGACGACGGUGGUUUUCACGAUGAGAUAACCGGUGGUGGUGCUGACGGAAAACACGAAGAGAAUGAUGCCGCGGAUUAUAUUUACGAGGAUCUUGGACCUGAGACAGACGUCGAUGCUGUCGAUGACGUGGACAACGCGGACAACCUGGACAAUUUGGACAAUGUUCAUGAAAAUCCAUUACUCGACAAUGUUCCUGCUAUUGCUGCCAAUCUCUCGGAUGGAAUAUUUCUAGAGGGAAAAAAUAUGCCUAAGUGUGAUGAGAACAAUUUCCAAGAAGAGAAUGCAGCCCUCAACGAAACCCUCGAAACAACCCUCGACGACGACGACUCGCCGGCCAACAACGACAUAAAAGCUCUUCAGCAUGCACUGUUACCCGAGGCGGAUAACGUAGCGGAUAGCGAGGAUUCCGAGGACGAGUGGAAUUACUAUCGUGUUGGGCCAAACAAAGAGAAAGAUACAGUUGCGUCUUCCGAAGAGCUCCACGAAAUAAAGAACGACAACGAAAUUAAGAACGUUGAACAUCUUGACGAGGAUAACAACGUGGAGGAACCACCUCGGUCUCCAACGUCCGAGCAUAACAGUAGCAGCGAAUGUGAGAGUCAAAAAGGAGAGGAAAUAUUACCUGAGCUUAUUAACACUGAUAUUAGCGUCGAAGAAAAAAGAGAAAUUGACUCUGCAUUCGUAAAGCUAGAAAAAGAAGAAGAGGAAGAACAAAAAGAAGUUGAAAAGGGAGAAGCAGAGGAAGAAGAGAAAGAGCACGGUGUAGAAGAAGGAGAAGGAGAAGAAGAAAAGAAAGAGCAUAGUGAGGAAAAGGAAGAAGAAAAAGAAGAAAAAGAAGGAGGAGAAGGAGGAGGAGACGAGGAAGAGGAUAAACAAGAACAAGAGGAAGAUAUGGAUUUUCAACUGAAUCCUAACGCGGCCGAAUUUAUUCCGAUCUCGCCGCCUAAGCGUCAAAUCAAGAUCAAUACGAUAAACGACAGUCUCGUUGCAGGUUCUCCUUUGAAAACUAUAGCGAUGGACGACAUAAAGGUACCGAGUCAAAAAGAAUUUGACGAGGAAAUAUCUGCUAGGCCUCAUGAGAUCGAAGAGGAAGAUUCAUCGCCUAAUGGCGAUCAUGCGACGCCUUUCGAUUAUGAUUUUUACACGGAACAACAAAAAGUAAUCAAUCCAUUAUCCGCCGCCGCCGUUGCUGCCGGUUUAGACGAAUCCGAAAUUUCUUCAACUAAAGCCGAAUACGGAGAUGAAACAAUGAGCUUUCUAUGUACAACGACUACCGAUUUGCAUAAAACUGAAAUUUCCACGAUGGAAGAAUCCUUUGGCGAUUCCGACUGUGACAUUUAUAACAGAGACAAUCCAAUGACGAUGUCCUAUACUCCGUGCGAUUUCAAAGCGGCCUUUAAUAAGGAAGUCGAUUUAAAUGCUGUUCACGAUUUAAGCGAUGGGGACUUGGAGGAUGAAAAUUGUUCUUCCGAAGGACAAACUCCCCAGUCUCCGAAAGUGAUAUUAUCAACGGAUAUAGAAGAACGUCGCACGGAAUUUGAUACGUUGUCUAAUGGAGACUCGUCGAGUCAAGUUCAAACAGCGUCGUUGUUGUCGAAGGAUGAUGCUACUUUCUUAAAGUUCGAAGAUUCGAACGAACCGAAAACUACGGAAUUUAUUCAAGUUGAAUUGGAACGUCAUCGUCAGUCAUCUCCGAUCAAAUUCGAGCAAGAUUUUUCGAAGGAAGAGGAGGAAAAGUCUUCUCCUUUGUUAGAAAAUAAGGACGAGAUGAUACAUGUUGUUACGCGAGAGAAAGAGGAAGAAAAACAGGAAGAAGAAGAAGAAAAAGAGAAGGAGAAGGAAAAAGAAAACGAGCGAGUGGAAACACCGAAAGAAGCGGAAUAUAUCGACGAUGAAAAGGAUAAUAUCGCGGCAGACAACGAUAUUAUCACGAAUAGCGAUAGCGAAUUUAUCGUAGACAAACCAAUCGAAAUUGCAACGGAUUUGAUUCAAUCCGAAAUUUUACAAGAUACGAUAUCCCAAGAGCAACAUAACUUUUUGUCGUCUACGAUUGACGAAUCAUUGAGAUCAGUUUCUCCGUCUAUGCCUUCGAUCGAAAGAGAAUUCAUAGGUACAUCUCCGGAACCUUUGAAGAACGAUCUAAUCGCUUCCAUGGAAAAUCUUACGUUAGCCAAGGAAGAGAAAGAUCGUCCUAUUAUGGUUUCCAAUUUAUAUUCAAACGUUUCGGAGUACCAACCGAAUCAGAGUUCCUUCGAUCUGUUCGCUUCUGGAGAACCAGCAUUGUCCGAUAUAUCUUCGAAACCAUCGCUUUUAGACGACUCAAUGGACCUAAUUGCACAGACUGUUCCAAAAGAACAUCCAGAGUCCUGUUUUCUACCAACUCCUAUCUCUGAGCCAAUCUCCAAUGAUCGACCUAUCGAGAAUUUGUUAGAGCUUAAAGAAACUACCACUGAAGUGCCUAUAACAGAUCACAUCGAAGAAAGCAAAGCUGAAGAAUGUCCUAAGUCUUCUUCUUCUUUCGAAGAUAUUGUAGAGAAACCGUCACAACUUAUGGAAGAAUCCGUAUGCUUUUUUGAUACGAACAAGCAUAUCGAUUUAAGUCAAGAUAUUCAUCUGAAAUUGGAAGAUUCCUCGGAGACGAAACCUACUGACAAAAUAGAAAUCAACGUUAAUGAAUUUGAAAAGAUCAACGGAACGGUCGCGUUAAAUUUGUCAGAAUCGAUACAAGAAUUUACGGGUUUGGAAAAACAGUUGGAACCUGAAAAUAUUACACCCGAGGAAUCUCCAAUGACCGAAACGGCUCCACUCGUCGAAGAUAAGAUAACGAAAGAAGAUAUUCUUGAACAUAAGGAGCCCGUUGCACAAGAAGCUGUCGAGGAAAAAUUACUUUUGGAUACGAAAGAAGAAGGAGAGGAAGAGGAGGAAGGAUUAGAAGCUAAGGAAGAUGUAGAAAUUGUACAGGUUGCGGAAACAACACGGUCAGUUGGUACUACAGAAUUGACGGAAUUUUCAAAGUCUACAGAACUCGUGACACCCGUAGAAAACGUUGAAAUUGAAAAAGCUUCGGACGCUUUCGAACUAGUAACACCUGUAGAAACUACAGAAAUAUCCACGCCUACAGAUACUGAAAAAACUGUCGUUUCUACGGACAUCGUAGAAAGCGAGGUCUCCGAGAAAAUUAUAGAAAUUACGAAGCCUAUAGAUACUACCACCAUGGGAAUUAUAGAUACUGCAGAAGUCGCAGGAACUACAGAGAUCGCAGGUACUGCAGAAAUCGCAGGUACUGCAGAAAUCGCAGGUACUGGAGAAAUCACAGAGACAGCACUAAUCGCAGAUGCUACAGAAAUCGUAGGUACUGCAGAAAUCGCAGAGACCGCGGAUACUGCCAAAACUAUAGACAUUUCUGAAGAUGUAUCGGUAACACAGGAUAUAGAAAAACAGGAGGUUACCGAACCUGUUAAAGUAGAGGAAUCGCAAAAGAUCGAAGGAGAAGCAGCUGUGGAACAACCAGCAGUCGCUGUAGUCGCGACAGAAGGUAUCGUGGCUGCAGCUGCGGCUGCUACAGCAGCAGGAUUAGUUACGACAGUAGCGGCUACGAGCACGAGUAAUAAAGCCAAAGCAAAGCCUACGACGAAAUCAAUGAAGCCUGGUAGCAGCGCAAGUACUAAGGCUGCGGCACCAAAGUCUACCCCAACUUCACCUUCGAAGACUGUCUCUUCGACAACAAGACCAACGACUUCAGCGACAACAACGAAAAAACCGGCCGGAACUGCGGCAGCUCGUCCUAAACAUCUCGAUACUACUGCCACUAAGUCUCAAACUUCUACUAAUACAGCAAAAUCAAGUGCGACAAAGACUGUAUCGGCUAGUAAAACAUCGACAACAGCAACGUCAACGACAAAGACUGCUGCGCGUCCAAGCAGUGCCCUUACGAAGUCGAAGCCUGCAUCAGCUUCAGCGAGAAGUACUACUACUAGCACGGUAGAAAAGAAAUCUAUCCUCAAUGGCGACGUUAAAUCUCUCAGUAAGACAACAGUGACGAAAGCUGCUACCAAAUCGACUAUCACGUCUACGUCAACCGCGGCCAAAACUAGCACAAGUAAAACUACGACGGGUUCGCGAACAUCGUCCAGUACGACGACGGCAACGACGACAACAGCAUUAUCAACGACCGGCAAGUCAAGACCGACUUCCGCUAUAACAGCAGCUAAAUCACCGGCUAAAUCGGCGGGUACAAAUGCGGCGAGUAGUUCAUUAAACGCAACGAAAUCUAAAGCAACUACGACUAGUAAUAACACGGCAAAGACACGUACUUCUCUCGCAAAAUCACCGAUGAUCGACAAGCAAAUCAAGGAGACUGCUAACAAGCAAAUCUCUAUGGCUCGUACUACGAGUUCUCCGAUGUCCAAAACUACGACGCGUUCUUCUAUGUCUGCUACUACUAUCCUUAACGCUAAUACCAUCACCUCGACCACGAAACGUUUGUCGAGCCAAAAAUCUACUAGCACGACAGCAGCACAUUCGCCAGUGAAGAAGGUUACAUCGAAAGUUGCGUCUGGACAUUCGUCGGGUGCUACUACUACUAAAUCUUCGUCGACGACUAAAGUGAAAGUAAUGCAAAAUGGAACGGCGGAUAACGUUGAAAUCACCAAAACUGCAACAACAAUAAUAACAACAAAUAGUAAAAAUGAGGAUGACGUACCUAAAAAAGAUUUGUCGCCUGUAGUCGCACACACCGAUAACCAGUUGAUUUCGAGUGCCGAUUGAAUGGCUCGACCAUAAAAGAGCAUAUCUUGUAUGGAUCCGCAGAUUAUCAUAAUACGAGCCCGAACCCUUUUAAAAUUAUGCGGAUCGUAAUCGUUACAUACUAAUAAUUCUUUUUUUUUUUAUAUUUUAUUUUCACGAGAAGGAUUUAAACGAGAUCCACAUCGUCCUCUGGUAGCGUUUUAGGGAACAUGUAUCGAAGGGAGAAGUUUUUACUCUACUUACAUAAAUAUCAAGCUAAUAUAUAUGUAUAUGUAUAUAUAUAUGCGCACAUAUAUAUAUAUAUGUAUAUUAUAUAUACGUACACACACACACGUACACGUUACAUAACACACUUAUACGGAGUGAGAAGGAAAAAAACAAAAUGAAACAAAAAAUAUCCCACACUUGGAUCUGUUUUAAUCUUGUGACAAAGAAACGACAUGCAACAAACAAAUUUUACUGCAUACUCUUAGCUUUCGACUGUUUCGGUUGUGUGCCGCAAAUGAUUAUCCAAUUAGAUAUCUAAAUCGAUGAAGAAGAAAAACUAAAAAAAAAAAAAAUAAAUAAAAGAUACAAAAAAAAAAAAUAAACGGAAGAAUGAAAAGGACGAGAGAGAAAGAGAGAGAAAGAAAGACAGACAGAUAGGCAGAGAAAAUAAGAGAGAGCAAAACGGGAAAGAUGUGCGAGCGUGAUAUGUAUGAAUGUUCGAAUGAUAGAGAGAUAGAGUGAAAGGGCGAGACAGAGAGAGAGAGAGAGAGAGAGAGAGAGAGAGAGAGAGAGAGAAAGAGAAAGAAAGAUUCUGAAUAAUUUUGUUGUGUAAAUAAUCGGAUGUGUUUCUCGAAGUGAUUUAUCGUAAUUAUCCCGUGGUCUAAGAUUGCGAAAAGUCAUCUGGUGCUCGUAAAUGGCCCCGUAGUUCACAGCAGACUCUAUGUCCUACGAAGAAUAUAGCCAAGAGAAAAAAACAUUGUCGUAUAUUUAAUAAUGGCAAAAAAAGAAGACGAAGGAGAAGCUUACGCAUCGCACUUUCAUACGCUAAUAAAAUCGACGAUAUCGAAUAAGUCGCCAGCAUAUUAUUGCUCUUAACGUAUAUAACGAGACCGGACGGUUUUUUUAUAUUUUUUAAUUUUAUAUGUGCAUUAUAUAAUUGAUAAAGAUUAGUCGUCGUAUUUUAUGAAAAAGAAACGCAUAUAUUUAUUUUUGUUUGUUCCUAUUUCUGAAGAGAGAAGAGUUGAGAGUACACUAAGAAGGAGAGAAAUAAUAUUAUUAUAUAGCUUUGUCAUCGUAUUACACACACACACACACAGAAACACACACACGUACUAUUCAUCUGUGUACAGCACCUUUAUGAUUUAUUGUGAUACCAUAUAUAUUAUUAAAUAAAUCCAAACAGUACGAAGUCACACACCAGUCGAAUAUCGUUUAACAAGAUAUAUCUUUACUUACAUACAUACGAAACUCUCAAGAGCUCCCUACUAAUUUUUUAUUUCUUUUCUCUCUUUUUUUUUCUUUUCUUUUCUCUCUUUUUUUUCUUUUCUUUUCUUUACCUUUUUCUUUUCUUUUCUUUUCUUUUCUUUUUUUAAAUACUUUUAACGAUCGAUGACGCACAAUUAACAGUCGUGUAUUGUUUGUGGCUGUUGAUCAGCUCUUUCUUUUUUUCUUUUGUUAUCUUUUUACUUGCUUUUGUCAAGCCCUAUUGGUACACGAGUUUUUAUUUCAUUAUUAUACAUAUAGCACGUUUAAAAUGUUAUUCUCUUCGUCAUGCGGUUAAAUAAGUCAUUCAAUACUUCAUUAUCAUGGAAUCAUUUAAUCUCUUUUCAACGUAACCCCCAGUGUCUUGUCUUAUAACGAGAAAAAUAAUUAUUUUUCAUAAUCCCAUUUUAAAAAUGCUUUGCUUCUAACAUUCCAAUUUAUAGCUCAACUUACUUUCACAUAUUCUUUUUUUAUUAUUUUUUUUUUAUUUUGCAUUGUCGGCAAAAAAAAAAGAAAAAAAGUCCCUUCUUCGCUUUUCUAAUCUUUAUAUUUAAAGGUAAGAUAGUUAAUGCGAACGAAUUUGUUUUAUCAUUUUCAUCCAUAACGCUUCUGUGUUCCCAUAAAAUGAAUAUAUUAAAGACAAGUUUAUCAUUUAUUUGUAAGACAUGAAUGUUAGAACGUUAAUCAAAUUAAUUUCUUCGGUUCGAUGUGAAUACUUUUCUUUUAACAAGUGUUACUGAUUUGCAUACAAUUUCCUAUUUUUUUUGUUAAUAAAUAUAAUAAUGAUAAUUAUAAUAAUUAUAAUAAUACUAAUAAUAAUAAUAAUAAUAAUAAUAAUAAUAAUAAUUAUAAUAAUAAUAACGAUAAUGAUAAUACCGAUAAUACCGAAAAGGUUAAAUAAGGAUAAAUAUAACUUUACCGAAUUAUUACCUGGAACAUUUUUAUCGGAACAGAGACAGAAUAUUUUAUUGGUCUGAAAUAAAUAUUAAUUGAGCAUAAAAACAAGGUACUUUCUAUAGUUAAGAAAUUAAAAAGAUACAAUUAUAAACAAUUUGAAUGAAAUUCAUCCAAAAUCAUGUUUAAUAAUCACACCUAUAAAUCAAAGGUAUAGAACUUCAACGGAUAAAACUGAUAUCAAAUUUGUUUUCUUAUGUUUAUCAAUUAUUAUUAUUAUUUAUUUAUUUAUUUAUUUUCUUUUUUAUCGAUUUGAAAUAUUUUUUUGAUAACUUUUCUGUAAAUUUUACAAUUCAUAGUGUUUCUACCUGUGAAUCAUCAAAAAAAAAAAAAAAAGAAAAAAAAAAGAAAAAAAAAUCAUAAAUAUAUCAACAUAAGUCAACUACUUACUAUAUUGAUAAAUUUCAAUUGAAAAAGUAAAAGAAAAAAAAAAACAAAAACAAAAAAAGAAAAAAAGAAAAAUGGUAGGAAAAUUCGUAUCAUGAGUCUCGUUCGAUAUUAUAAGGCAAGGGGUUAAUGUUUUACGCGUAGCAAGUAAGAAGUAAAAAAGAUGGAAUCCUUAGCGAGCAUUAUCCUUAGCUUCAUCGAAAAGUAUAAUUAUCGUUUAUUGUUAAGUUACGAAUGCGUGAUAUUUCAAGUCUUUAUAUGUACGCCUAUUUGUCAGGCUUAUUCAAGCUUUUUCUGAGAAACUAGUAUUCAAAUAAAAGACGUCAUUGCGUUUGAA